GUGCAACCCUGCUCUGGCCUGGUUUGCGAUGCCAACUAUUGAAACCGUUCUCUAAAUUCGGCCAUUUUGGUCGUAGUCACCGUCGUUUGCAUACGUUUUGUGCUUUGUUCUUAAAUUCUAUUCACGAGUCCCUAAUUACACAACUUGAUUCAAGAUGGUUAGGGAGAACAAGGCCGCCUGGAAAGCUCAAUAUUUCCUGAAAGUUGUCGAACUCUUCGACGAAUAUCCCAAGUGUUUUAUUGUUGGCGCUGACAAUGUCGGUUCUAAGCAAAUGCAAAACAUCCGUACCAGCUUGCGUGGCCUUGGUGUUGUGCUUAUGGGUAAAAACACAAUGAUGCGCAAAGCUAUUCGCGGCCAUUUAGAAAACAACGCUCAAUUAGAAAAACUAUUGCCUCACAUCAAGGGCAAUGUUGGUUUUGUUUUUACCAAAGGUGAUUUGGCUGAAGUUCGUGACAAGUUACUCGAGUCGAAAGUACGCGCUCCAGCUCGUGCCGGCGCUAUUGCUCCAUUACCAGUCAUCAUUCCAGCACAGAACACUGGCUUGGGCCCUGAGAAAACUUCUUUCUUCCAGGCUCUCUCCAUACCAACCAAGAUUUCCAAGGGUACUAUUGAAAUCAUUAACGAUGUUCCCAUUUUGAAGCCUGGUGACAAAGUCGGUGCUUCUGAAGCUACACUUCUGAACAUGUUGAAUAUUUCACCUUUCUCGUAUGGUUUGGCCAUCACUCAAGUGUACGAUUCCGGUUCCAUUUUCUCGCCUGAGAUUUUGGAUAUCAAACCAGAGGACUUGCGUGCGAAGUUCCAAGCUGGUGUUGCCAAUUUGGCUGCUGUAUCCUUGCAAAUUGGUUACCCAACCAUUGCUUCCGCACCACACAGCAUUGCCAAUGGUUUCAAGAAUCUUUUGGCCAUCGCAGCUUCCACCGAAGUGGAGUUCAAGCAAGCCGCCACCAUCAAGGAGUUCAUCAAAGAUCCGAGCAAGUUUGUUGCAGCUGCCGCUGCUUCUGCUCCAGCUGCUGGUGCUGGUGCUGCUGCCGAAAAGAAGGAAGAAGCCAAGAAAGAGGAAUCCGAGUCCGAAGAAGACGACGAUAUGGGUUUCGGUCUCUUCGAUUAGAAGUCUUCGAAAUAUGUCAACGUUAUUCGGAUUUUACAAAGCCUUGUGGAUUAUUCUAUAGAAAUGUUAAUUUUACAGUACACUGUGACUUUAUCAUGUACAAAUUUGUAUUUGGCAAAUUAUUGUCGAGGUCUGACACACCCAAUGACAAGUUGUCAUUGCAAAAGUAUGUUUUAGAAUCUUUACUUCGUAGUAAAAUCUGAAUUUAUACAACAUAAUAAAGUUGUAAUAUAAAAAAAGGAAA